GAAUAUUUGCAAGAUCUUUGCUUCUUCAUCACCAGAAGUUCCAGUUAGUUCUUGUGGAGAUGGCUGGGAGAGCCUCAAAAAGAGGAUUAUGAGGUGGGAGGGGGACGUGAGGAGAGAUGCACGUGAGGUGGCAGUUUUCAGCAGCAGUGACUUGAGAGAGAUUGCUGAUGGCCUUCUUCCCCCACGCUGGAAGAAGCAGGAUAAAAGCAACAAUAGGUCUAGAGGUAUUGGCAGUCCUGCAGGCAAGUGGCUCCAGGCAGCUUACUCCCACCAGGAUUUUACAUGGAUGCAGCUAGAGGAAGAGAGGAAAGCGAAACCAAGAUCACCAGUUGCAACAAGUUCAGCUGCUUUCCUGGAAAUCCAUGAAGAUAUUGCUCCAAAGCUGCAGUGCUGGGAUGUUGCCAUGCGCCUGCUCACACAUCUGUAUUUGAAGGAACAACAAAGGCCUGUUGUCAAUGACAAGAAGCAGAUGGUUGCAAAUAUUGAGAAACAGCUCGAAGAAGCAAGGGAACUGCUUGAGCAGAUGGAACUUGAAGUUCGAGAGAUCCCACCUCAAAGCCGAGGAAUGUACAGCAGUCGAAUGAGAAGCUACAAACAAGAAAUGGGAAAACUUGAAGCUGAUUUUAAAAGGUCACGGAUCGCCUACAGUGAUGAGGUGCGGAAUGAGCUCCUAGGGGAUGACGGGAAUUCCUCAGAGAACCAGUUGAUAAAAUUACGUGAAGAGAGGGCACAUCUGCUCGAUAACACAGAGAGGCUGGAAAGGUCAUCUCGGAGACUAGAGGCUGGAUACCAAAUAGCAGUGGAAACCG